AUUUUGGACUAGGGGCGACCCUAGUCAAAAUCAAUUUUGUCACUUUUUUCUUCGAGGGUUUAUACAAAUUUUUUUUCAUUUUAAUUGCACUUUAUUGCAUUUAUUGACGACAUACUGUCCGGAAAUAAUUCACAUUUUACACUUUUGUAUUUGUAUACAUAUGAAUUAGUAUUAUGUAGGAUCAAACUUCUCUUCUUCAUAUCUAGGUUUCAAAUAAACUAAGGCUCUCGUUUCGAUCUUCUGUAGGCGUUACGUGAUACUUUUCAGGUCCGUUCUAUCAAUAUUCCAUUCGUGGGUAAUCUUGUAGCUCUCGUUCCUAUUUCUCCCGCUACACUUCAAGUUCCUGACCCGUUCCUUAAUCCAACGUUGCCCAAAUGCCCAAUUAUGGCUUGAUCCCGUACAUUAAGCAGUCGAAGUAUCUAAACUUCCGAAAAAGAACAAAUUUGGAAAUGGCUGGAUUCGAACCGACGACCUUCGAGUUACCAUCCCAAAUUUGAGCCAAGCGCCUUACCUAUUCGACCAGCAAGGCACUUAACAAAUGGAUUGAAACUUUGCAUAAAUAUUCUAGUGCUUUAAACAAAUACAAAUAAAACAUCCUAAAUUUUUUUUGAGCAGAGAACCAAGUAGGAAACACAUUUUCAAUUAUGAACUUGGGACAGGUAUAGUCAAAAUCUAGUUUUUCAUUUUUUUCUUCGAGGGUUUAUACAAAUGGAUUAAAACUUUGCAUAAAUAUUCUAGUGCUAAAAGCAAAUACAAAUAAAACAUCAGCAAAGAACCAAGUAGGAAAUAUAUUUUCAAUUUUGGACUAGGGGCGACCCUAGUCAAAAUUAAUUUUGUCACUUUUUUCUUCGAGGGUUUAUUCAAAUGGAUUGAAACUUUGCAUAAAUAUUCUAGUGCUCAAAAUAAAACAUCCUAAAAUUUUUUUGAGCAAAGAACCAAGUAGGAAAUACAUUUUCAAUUUUGAACUAGUGGCGACCCUAGUCAAAAUUAAUUUUGUCACUUUUUUCUUCGAAGGUUUAUCCAAAUGGAUUGAAACUUUGCAUAAAUAUUUUAGUGCUUAGAACAAAUACAAAUAAAACAUCCUAAAAUUUUUUUGAGCAAAGAACCAAGAAGGAAAUACAUUUUCAAUUUUGGACUAGGGGAGACCCUAGUCAAAAUCAAUUUUCUCACUUUUUUCUUCGAGGGUUUAUCCAAAUGGAUUGAAACUUUGCAUAAAUAUUCUAAUGCUUAAAACAAAUACAAAUAAAACAUCUUAAAUUUUUUGAGCAAAGAACCAAGUAGGAAAUAUAUUUUUAAUUUUGGACUAGGGGCGACCCUAGUCAAAAUUAAUUUUGUCACUUUUUUCUUCGAGGGUUUAUCCAAAUGGAUUGAAACUUUGCAUAAAUAUUCUAGUGCUAAAAAUAAAACAUCCUAAAUUUUUUUUGAGCAAAGAACCAAGUAGGAAAUACAUUUUCAAUUUUGGACUAGGGGCGACCCUAGUCAAAAUUAAUUUUGUCACUUUUUUCUUCGAAGGUUUAUCCAAAUGGAUUGAAACUUUGCAUAAAUAUUUUAGUGCUUAAAACAAAUACAAAUAAAACAUCUUAAAUUUUUUGAGCAAAAAACCAAGUAGGAAAUAUAUUUUCAAUUUUGGACUAGGGGCGACCCUAGUCAAAAUCAAUUUUGUCACUUUUUUCCUCGAGGGUUUAUCCAAAUGGAUUGAAACUUUGCAUAAAUAUUCUAGUGCUUUAAACAAAUACAAAUAAAACAUCCUAAAAUUUUUUUGAGCAAAGAACCAAGAAGGAAAUACAUUUUCAAUUUUGGACUAGGGGAGACCCUAGUCAAAAUCAAUUUUGUCACUUUUUUCUUCGAGGGUUUAUCCAAAUGGAUUGAAACUUUGCAUAAAUAUUCUAGUGCUUUAAACAAAUACAAAUAAAACAUCCUAAAAUAUUUUUGAGCAAAGAACCAAGAAGGAAAUACAUUUUCAAUUUUGGACUAGGGGAGACCCUAGUCAAAAUCAAUUUUCUCACUUUUUUCUUCGAGGGUUUAUCCAAAUGGAUUGAAACUUUGCAUAAAUAUUCUAGUGCUUAAAACAAAUACAAAUAAAACAUCUUAAAUUUUUUGAGCAAAGAACCAAGUAGGAAAUAUAUUUUCAAUUUUGGACUAGGGGCGACCCUAGUCAAAAUUAAUUUUGUCACUUUUUUCUUCGAGGGUUUAUCCAAAUGGAUUGAAACUUUGCAUAAAUAUUCUAGUGCUCAAAAUAAAACAUCUUUAAAUUUUUUUGAGCAAAGAACCAAGUAGGAAAUACAUUUUCAAUUUUGGACUAGGGGCGACCCUAGUCAAAAUCAAUUUUGUCACUUUUUUCUUCGAGGGUUUAUCCAAAUGGAUUGAAACUUUGCAUAAAUAUUCUAAUGCUUAAAAAAAAUACAAAUAAAACAUCUUAAAUUUUUUGAGCAAAGAACCAAGUAGGAAAUAUAUUUUCAAUUUUGGACUAGGGGCGACCCUAGUCAAAAUUAAUUUUGUCACUUUUUUCUUCGAGGGUUUAUCCAAAUGGAUUGAAACUUUGCAUAAAUAUUCUAGUGCUCAAAAUAAAACAUCCUAAAAUUUUUUUGAGCAAAGAACCAAGUAGGAAAUACAUUUUCAAUUUUGGACUAGGGGCGACCCUAGUCAAAAUUAAUUUUGUCACUUUUUUCUUCGAAGGUUUAUCCAAAUGGAUUGAAACUUUGCAUAAAUAUUUUAGUGGUUAAAAAAAAUACAAAUAAAACAUCUAAAAAUUUUUGAGCAAAGAACCAAGUAGGAAAUAUAUUUUCAAUUUUGGACUAGGGGCGACCCUAGUCAAAAUCAAUUUUGUCACUUUUUUCUUCGAGGGUUUAUCCAAAUGGAUUGAAACUUUGCAUAAAUAUUCUAGUGCUUUAAACAAAUACAAAUAAAACAUCCUAAAAUUUUUUUGAGCAAAGAACCAAGAAGGAAAUACAUUUUCAAUUUUGGACUAGGGGAGACUCUAGUCAAAAUCAAUUUUGUCACUUUUUUCUUCGAGGGUUUAUCCAAAUGGAUUGAAACUUUGCAUAAAUAUUCUAAUGCUUAAAACAAAUACAAAUAAAACAUCUUAAAUUUUUUUUGAGCAAAGCUCCAAUAAGGAAAUACAUUUUCAAUUUUGGACUAGGGGCGACCCUAGUCAAAAUCAAUUUUCUCACUUUUUUCUUCGAGGGUUUAUCCAAUUACAGUGAAACUUUGUGUGAUCUUGUGCUGUCUUCAGAUGAUCUCUAAGCGCGGCAAUGGGCCCACGUUCGCCCCAGCCAAGGAAGUAAGUAUGAUAAGUGAGUUGGAACAAGGGGGGAGGGGGGGGGGGGGGUUGGAAAAAGUAAUUUUUUUGCGUAACGUAAUAAGUAAACGGCCCCUAGGAAACUUGGGAUUUUUGGGAAUUAAUCCCAAAAAUCCCGAGUGUAUACGCCUUGCCUAGUUAUAUUAAAAAGUUGAUGCAAAAUUAGUACAAAAUAUAAAAAACAACAUUUUCUUAACUAUGUACUAUAAUUUUAUUUUUUUUUUGUCAAGCUCAUUUACCGCAUUCUUCCCAGAACUUGUACUUUCUGUCUAACUUUUUUUGAUUUUCUUUUUCAAGCAUUUCAAGGAUCAGCCAUGUCGGCAUACGACGUUUUUUAUAGUAUUUUGGAGGUGGACUUUCAGUUGCCUUGCUAAUCAUUUCGUUAACAUAAUCCUCAGCUGAGAACUUUUGUGCUACUUUAAUUUGAUUUAACAGGCUAUUAAGGAAACGUUUUUCUUUCUUCCAUUCUCGUCUCUGCUUUGCCUUUGCCCAAACAAACUUCAUCUUCUUCCUUAACUUUCGCAACUUGUGUUUUCUCAUUUUCCUCUUUCUGAUAACUAUUAAACGUGCUGCUUGUUUAAUACUAUCUCUAAUUUUACUUUCAGUUGGAAGUUCAAUAGAUUUAUUAAUGUUGGGAACAUCCUCAAUCACCUUGUUAUUGAUCUGAAUUGGCAUUUCAAUGACUUUAUUGGUUAUUGGUACCUCGAAAAUUUCUUUCUUCCAUAUUGGACGUUGAAUUCCUAUCUCAUUAAUUAACGUUUCAUGACUCUUUUGUGGAUACAGAGGAUAUACAAUUUUAUUCGGUUCAUUUUUGUUGAUUAAUAAAGUUGGAAUAAAAUUUUGUGUUAUUCUCGCUGGAUUUGUCGAAAUGUUAUAUUUUCUGCAUGAAUUUGUUAUUAAUCGUGUACAAAAUGAUAUUCCUGUAAUAUAAUCUUUUUUAGUCUAUAACAUUGUAGCAUAAUUAAGUUUAAAUACCUGUUAUUUGACGAACAAAUAGCAUUUUUAAGGAAGAGUUAAAAAAAUUUUUGACGAAUGUUGUACAAAGUUGUCGUCUCUACUAUUUGAAUAACUUUUGAGCGUUAAUUUUUUUUGUAGCUCAACAUUUCAACAACAACCAACAACAUUUUUUAUAAAUAGUAUCUUUUUAAUAAUUUUAUUUCAUUAAAUGCGUGAUAUGAGUGCAAUUAAUACAAAACGAGUAUGGAUUGUUGUUCUAGGAGAUAUAGGCAGAAGUCCUAGGAUGCAGAAUCAUGUAAAGAGCUUCGCAGAUAAUGGAUAUUUAGUAGAAGUUGUUGGAUAUAUUGAAUCGAGAGUAAAUCAAGAUAUUGCAUCAGAUCCUAGAGUUAAUGUAAAUAAGAUGACAUUAUUUCCGGAUCUUCAGCUGCCACGUCUUGUUAAAUACAUAUUUAAGAUAUUCUGGAUCAUUUUAUCAAUGUUAUCGAUUUUCUUUAGCAUUAAGAAAGCUGACAUUUUGAUGCUUCAAAAUCCACCGGGGAUUCCAUCACUAGCUUUAUGUUACUUUUAUUGUCGAGUCGUUAAAGCUAAAUUUAUUAUUGAUUGGCAUAAUUAUUCAUGGACAAUAAUGGCAUUAGAUUCGUCAUUAAAGAGUCCAGUUGUAAGGUUUGCAAAAGCUAUCGAAUAUUAUUUUGGACGAAAAAGUGACUUGAAUUUCUGUGUCACAGAAGCAAUGAGACAAGAUUUGCUUGAGAAUUAUAAUAUUGAAGCAACAGUACUAUACGAUCGCCCACCUGAGAUAUUUCAGUCAAUUGCUGUUGAUAAGAAGCAUAAUAUAUUUCAGAAACUUGCAAAAAUAUAUCCUGAAUUUCGAUCAUUAGACAAGUAUGAUGAAGUGACAGCAUUUACUAUUAAAAAUGACAAAGGCGAAAUAAAAUUGAGAGACGACAGACCAGGACUGAUUGUUUCAAGUACAAGCUGGACGUCUGAUGAAGAUUUUCAAAUUCUAUUAGAUGCUCUCAUUGAAUACGAUAAAAUAGCAAUAAGUGACGAUGUAAAUUAUCCAAAAUUAAUUUGCGUAAUUACUGGUAAAGGACCACAAAAGGCUAUGUAUCAGCAGAAAAUUCUUGAGCAUAGAUUAAAAUUUGUCAAAAUUCUAACUCCUUGGCUUGAAAAUGAAGAUUAUCCACUAAUGCUUGCGUCUGCUGAUCUAGGUGUUUGCUUGCACUACAGUUCUAGUGGUCUUGAUUUGCCUAUGAAAGUCGUCGAUAUGUUUGGUUGUGGACUUCCUGUUUGCGCAAUGAAUUUUAAAUGGAUCAAUUUCAUUUAUCGCUCGCUUAGACCGAUAAUAAUAAAUUCCACAAAACUUAAUUAUUCAGUAUUAAGUGGAAAAAAUCAGUGGAAUCGCUGUGGAAAUUUAAAGUAUAAACAACAACUUUUAGAAGCUCAGUUACAGCGAUAUAAUUAUCCUCAAAUUACUCGUAAUUAUGGAAUGCUUGUAGGCAGGAUAUUAAGAGGAGCUUUGAAAUUACGCUACUUAUUACUCGGUGGAGCUGUUGGAGGAACUGUUACUCUUAAUAAUAAAUAUGAGCAAUGGCGAGACGGACUUCCAGAUAUGAAAUGGUUAAACGAAGUAUUUCCAGACAAUGAUCAAUGGCAAAAAUUUUCGACGUCUCUUGUUAACGUAACGGAAUCGCUCAAAAAUUCUAUCGAAAUAGAUCCAAGACUUAAAAAAUUGAGUGAAGACAAGAUGAAUGAGUGGAAAAAGUGGUUUGACAGUCGACUGGAUAAUGCCAUAGAGAUGACUGAGAUUGAGACACAACUCGAAAAUGCCGAAAGACACCAUGCGAUGCUGGUGAUACUCUUUAAAUUUCUUGAAGAUUUAAAGACGGAUUUGGUGAAUUCAUCGAAAGUCGUAGCCAAGGAAAUGAAUUAUGAUGAGCAUAAAAGGAAAAACAAUUUACUUCAAAAACAAAUUGAUCAAUUGCAAACAGAGAUCAUGACUGUUCAAAUUAAGUAUCAAAAGGAGCUCGAGAAAUUAGAGAAAGAAAAUCGCGAUUUACGUCAGCAAUAUUUGUUAAUGAAAAACAAUAGAAAAAUUCCGAAUAAAAAGAUUAAGAAAUCAUUGAUUGAUAUGUAUUCGGAAGUUCUAGAUGAGUUGUCAGGAUACGAUACAAGCUAUUCUACUGCAGAUCAUUUACCAAGAGUUGUCGUUGUAGGCGAUCAAAGUAGUGGCAAGACAUCAGUUUUAGAAUCAAUAGCCCAAGCUCGAAUUUUCCCAAGAGGAAGUGGAGAAAUGAUGACAAGAGCUCCUGUUAAAGUGACACUAUCUGAGGGACCGUAUCAUAUUGCCAUGUUUCGUGAUUCAAAUCGAGAAUUUGAUUUGACAAAAGAGAGUGAUUUGUCUGAACUGAGACGAGAAGUUGAAAUACGAAUGAGAAACUCGAUAAGAGGCGGUAAAACAGUUAGUAAUGAGGUCAUUUCGAUGACUGUAAGAGGACCAGGAUUACAAAGAAUGGUUCUUGUUGAUUUACCCGGUAUUAUUUCAACUCAAACCGUUGAUAUGGCUGCAGAUACAAAAGAUUCAAUAACAAUGAUGACUAAACAUUAUAUGAGUAAUCCAAAUGCAAUCAUAUUAUGUAUUCAAGACGGUUCCGUUGAUGCAGAACGUUCGGCUGUCACUGACAUAGUCAGUCAAUGCGAUCCGCUUGGAAAAAGAACAAUAUUUGUUUUAACAAAAGUAGAUAUGGCUGAAAAUCUAGCAGAUCCAGAUAGAAUUCGUAGAAUUUUAAGUGGAAAACUGUUUCCAAUGAAAGCCUUGGGUUAUUUUGCAGUUGUAACUGGACGUGGUCGAAAGGAUGAUUCUAUAGACAUUAUUCGCGAUUAUGAAGAAAACUUUUUUAAAAAUUCAAAGCUUUUUCAGAGUGGCGUAACAAUGUCCCAUCAGUGUACAUCGAGAAAUUUGAGCUUGGCAGUAGCUGAUCGAUUCUGGAAGAUGGUAAGAGAGACAAUUGAGCAACAAGCUGAUGCAUUCAAGGCUACAAGAUUUAAUCUUGAAACAGAAUGGAAAAAUAACUACCCUAGAAUCCGAGAAUUAGGACGUGAUGAAUUGUAUGAAAAGGCUAGAGGCGAAGUACUUGAUGAAGUUGUUAAUUUAUCUCAAAUUAGUCCAAAGAAAUGGGAAGAGUUGUUGAACAAAAAGUUGUGGGAAAAAAUAUCAAAUUAUGUUUUUGAAAACAUUUACUUACCAGCAGCUCAAUCUGGCUCACAAAAUUCAUUUAAUACAAUGGUUGAUAUUAAACUUCGACAAUGGGCAGAAGAUGUCUUACCAGCAAAAAGCGUAGAAAGUGGAUGGGAGACAUUACAAGAAGAAUUUUUUAAUCUUAAUGAAAAAGCUAAGAAAAAUCCAGAUCAUGAUGACAUUUUUGAUCAUUUGAAAACAGCCGUAAUCGAUGAAGCUAUGCGAAAACAUUCUUGGGAAGAUAAAGCAAUGGAUAUGCUUCGCGUAAUUCAACUAAACACAUUAGAGGAUAGAAAUGUGCAUGACAAAACCGAGUGGGAUCAAGCUGUUAAAUUUUUAGAGGGCUCUGUUAAGGAUAAACUUCAUAACACCCAGGAGACAAUUCAUGAAAUGUUUGGACCGGGACGUAAAUAUUUCUGGAAAUCGUGGACUGACGAACAGAAGAGGAGACGUUAUGUUAAAAGCGAGCUCGAUAAGAUAUUAUCAAGCGAUAAAAAGCAUCCACCAAUUUUGACUUAUGAUGAAUUAACAACUGUACGAAAAAAUCUUCAAAGGAGUAACGUUGAAGUUGAAACAGACUAUAUUAGAGAGACUUGGUAUCCUAUUUAUCGAGAGCAUUUUCUUAAUCGUGCAUUGUCACGCGUUUAUGAUCUAAGAAAAGCCUAUUAUUACUAUAGCACAAACCAACAUGAAACUUUCGACAUUAACGUAAGCGAUGUGGUUCUUUUCUGGAGAAUUCAACAAGUUAUUAAAGUCACUGCCAAUGCUUUACGCCAGCAAAUUGUCAAUCGUGAAGCAAGACGUGUUGACAAAGAAAUCAAAGAAGUUUUAGAUGACUUUGGUGAAGAUGAAGAUAAAAAAAUUCAACUUUUAACGGGUAAAAGAGUGUUAUUAGCUGAAGAAUUAAUUCGCGUGCGACACAUUCAAGAGAAAUUAGAGGAAUUUAUUAAUGCAUUGAACGCUGAAAAGUGAAUUGAAUAAUUUUUGUGAAAGAUUGAUGAAAUUUUGUUGUAAAUUUAUUAACCCAUUAAAAAAAUAAAAGCUUAAUAUACGAAUAAAUCGAAGUCAAUUAGGUACAUUAAGUUGAGUUUUAGAUCCAAUUUUCAGUAAUUUAAUCUCUUUAAAAUAUUUUUUUGUGAUUUAAUCACAUUAUUGUAGCAAAUCCAUGAAACUUUUCAAUUCCUAGCUGAUUUAUCAACUAAGUCCUUCUCAAAAGCUAAUGCCAGUAAAUUUAUUAAUAAAUUCAAAGAAAUGUUUGUAAAAAUUGUAAUACUAUUAACCUGGAAGGUGAAUGUAGAAACUGCUAGUAUCUAGUUCUAGAGUUAAAGUUAAUAAUACAAGUAGGGUAAACCAUGUUGAAAUUUGUGCAAUGUUGAAAUUUUGUGCGCUCAAAUUAAAUGCAAAUCAUCAUUAAUAAGCCAUUUAAAAAACAUAAUUUUACCAAAUUUUUAAGGUAUUGUUUAAUUUUAACUUUUAAUCUAUACACUUCACUAUCUAUCUGUAUGAAAUUUAAAAAUUUGCAGGAGGUUCUUGCUUUAUGAAUAUUUUACUGUUUAAUAAGCUCAGUCAAAAUUAAUUAAGUUGAAUCUUAUAUCUUGCAUGCAUCUUAAGAAAUAAAUUAAAAACAGUCAGCUGAGUAGUUCUUAUUUGGUUUUAAUUUGAUUCAGAUAUUUAACUUGCCACAAAUCGCGAAUUAAGUUCCAAAAAAUUGUAAACAAAAUGUUUGUUUACAUUUGAGAAUUAAAAUGAAAACUCCAACAAAUUGUGAUCUUUUAAGUUUAUAAUCAGAUUUUCAUAAUCAGCCAUUAAAAAGUUACAUGCAAAUCAAAUCUUCAUGUGCAAAAACACACAAAUUUCAACAUGGUUUACCCUAUAUACGUGUACAAUAAUAAAACAGUUUUCAUUCAAAACUUUUGGUUUCAAUAAUGCGAAACUUAUACAAAUAUAGAAGUACUUAUCUUGAUUGAAGAUUAUUGUGGUAAUGUCCUUUAAACAAAUGACUUAACUUAAUUUGAUUGAUUCUGAUAAUUUUUCAUUGUAAAUUUACAAACAUACUUAGAGAUUUUUCUUUCUUUAUUACUAAUGUGUCUUGAAGCGGAUUUAAGUGCGCUAUUUUGCGAACGAGCUUUAAAUUGAAAUAUCAGAAAUAUGUUUUCUUAAUUCAACUUUAUUUCUUUAGCUAGGGUUUACACUAAGCUUUCUCGAUUUCUCGGUCUCGACAAAUUCUCGAGACCGAGACCGAGACCGAGACUUCCCGGGAAUUCCCGGGAAGUCUCGACUUUAAAAACUACUUAAAAUUUCGCUGAAAGUAAUUAAAAAACACUUAGAACAUGUAGAUUACGUCUAUUUGUUAUUGAACUUCUGGAUAUAUUCCUUGUUAUGCGAUCAGUCAAACUAAUUUUAUUGUCUUAAUACUAUUAUAAAAUAUAAAAGAAAUACGAAAUACGUAAUGAUAAAAGAAAAGCAUAAUGAUAAGAAAGUGUGUCCCUAUUAAAACUAUUCUGGGUUUUGGAAAUGACUUUUCACAAAAACGAUAGCAUUUAAGUUUUUGUUAAGCAAUCGCUUCCUUUGCUUGGUCAAAACAUUAUUGCUGAUUGAAAAAUUACGUUCACUCUGGGUAGAUGUUGGUUGAAUGCUUAGCAGUGCAUUAUACAGCUGAUUUAAUUUUUAGUGAUAUUAAACCAUUAGGAAGCUCAAUAAUUUGCACCCGAAAAAUCCCAUACAAAAAGAGAAAAAAUCCCAUACCUCCGAAGAGAUUGAAGCAAAUGAAAAUUUCAUGUGUGAAAAUGCGCAAAUUUCAAGGUCAUUUACCCUAACUGUAAGAUUAACUACAAACUGUGAUGGGAAAAAUUCUAAAAUUAUCAUUUUUACUUAAAUUUUUUUCUUCUCUAGUCUCGGGUCUCGGUCUCGGAAAAUUCUCGAGACCAAGACGAGAUCGAGACCGAGACUUCCCGGAAAGUCUCGGUCUCGAUUUCGUCAUCGGGAAAGCAUAGUUUACACUAAUAGUGGGAUAUAAAUUUAUGUAUUAGUUCAGUAUUAGUUAAAAUUAAACUUACAAUAUUUGCUGUUUGCGUCCGUCUUCAAUGACGUGUAAAAUAUAAGAGGCAUGUAUCAAUUUAAAGGGGACUUUUUUUAUCAAGUAACAUUUCUAUGUGAGUUUGAAUUUUAGUACUUAUCAGAAAGGCCAAAUUGAUUAUUGAUCGUUUGUGAUUAAAAUGAUAGAGCAACAAACUUUAAAUAAUUUGCAGGUUUUCAAAAUAUAAAUACUUACUAUGAAGUCUCUAAAUAGAUCAGAGUUGCGAAAUAGGUAAAAAUGACUAAUGAAGCAACUCUAAAAUAAAUUUUUAACUAAAGGUAAACAAAGUAUCCUUAGUCAUUUUUUCAUGAGAAAAAGUGAUGUUAGAGCUAGACAAAUGAAAUAUGCGAAUGACCUUGCAAUACCUGAUUAUUUAAAAAAGAAUGCUACAAUGAAACAAACUGCAGAAAGGAUCAAAGCAAUGGCGAUCGUCCAACUUUAAGUUACCUAGAAAGUAAAUAAAAAUACUUAAACUAGUGUAUCGGGUAGAAACCCAAUGCGGAUUAUAUUCACACCGUUCCAUCAAAAGUCUUAUGGAUAGACCAAGAUUUGCCCAGUAUGAAGGUAUGAAGCUAAGUUUGGAGAUUGAAGCUAGCGAAACAGCUCAUCAUAAGUUUGAAGGUUUAAAGCUUAACGAACAUUCUUUAUAAGUUUUUUAAAUUUUUUUUUUCGUCCAAAGUUUAAUUAUAUAAAAAUCACAGUGAACUUUUGUUUUAAAAAUUCUUAAGAAAGGAAAGUUUUUUGCUUUUUCUGAAGCAACGGCUGUUCCUACCUUGCACAAAAAUAAUACAGUUCUUCUAUAGAGCAGCACGGAUCAAAUGUAAAAAACUAGAAUUCUCUACGAUGUCUCGUUAUUGAGAUUUCUUGCUGGUUAACUUGCUUGCUUACAGAACGCGUAUUUUGCGAAAAUGACGUAAAAUUUCGGGCACAAACUUUUCUUCUGGGAACUUUUAUAACCAAUUUUGCUUCGUUUUCUCACAAAAUGCAAAAAACUGAUUUUUCAAUCUGAACAAAACCAAUAGAUUCACAUGUGAAAACGGUGUGAAUAUAAAAAAUUAUAAAAUCAUCAAUUCAAGUCAUCAUUCAUAACUCUUCUUCAUUUAUUUAAAUAUUUUUUCAUAAAAAUUUGGUCCACACAUUAAUGUUUCUCAUAGUUACAUCAAAUUGUUACUUUUUUACAAUAAUUUCUAUAACGUUAUGAAGAUAUGUUUUGCAUUUUUCUAACGUUUUCUUUUUUUUUCUCUUGAAAAAGUGUCGAUAAUAGUGCAUUUUUACUUAAUAUUUAAAAGGAUAUUUAUAGAUCUCAUUAAAAAUUAGUGACAAAUGUAUCAAUAGUAUUUAAAAUUGACAUUUCAACCAUUCAGAAAAAUAAAGAUGUCAAGAAAAGGAGGAUUUAUUUUGAAAGUUCUUCGCAUAAUACAAUAAUUAGAUGAAUUGUGUUGUGUUAUUUAAGUAGCACUUUUGUGUUAAUUUUAUAAAAUUGCUUCUCCGGUUCAUAUAAUAAGAUUUAUUUUCAUUGUUUACAUAUAAAGUUAAUUAUCGCACCGCGAAUAAUUUAUAAAUUUUUUUCUUUCAUGUUAUGAUACUCGACCCACUUUAUAAUAUGUUCCAUUUAUGCUCUUUCGUUCCUGAAUUUCUACUAGGCUACGAAUGAAACCAAUAAUAUAUUUUAAAAAACUCUUGUAUUGUGAAAUUUUCAAGUUUUUUGAAGGAAGUUGUAUUAUCGUCAUUUAAACACAAAAAAUUAAUAAUCUUUGAUUCGAACACUUUGAUAUCUCAGGUUAAAUUUUGGUUCCAGUCUCGGAAAUUUAAAAAACCGAGAAAUCGAGAAGGCCGAAUUUCCAAUAGGGUAAACCAUGUUGAAAUUUGUGCAAUAUUGAAAUUUGUGCGCUCAAAUUAAAUGCAAAUCAUCAUUAAUAAGCCAUUUAUACUGAACAUUUGUAUGCAGUUCUAUGUAAAAUAGAUGUCCAAAUGUUUCUACCACAUUUAAGAUGGUCUUGAAACCUUAGGCAACUCUAAAUUUGAAAAAAUCAAAACCCCAUACAAAAUUUAAAUUUUUAUCUUUUAAAUUUUUUUGGACAUAACAAAUGCUUCUAAUUAGCAUAAAAUUGAUGAAAUAUCGAAUUUGAAUAUUGUUUAAUCAUUUAAAAAUGUUUCUGGUCAUAAAACGCCAUUGGAAGUGCUCUAAUAAUUGAUUUUAAAAUCACAGGUUUUUAAAUGUUGAAAUUUGUGUAAAAUAUUUUGACAAAUGUUAAACUUUGUGCGAUUUUCAUCGUAGCAAGCAAUAACACAUUUUGUCAACAAUAAAUAUUAUUUAUGCAUGAAAUUCAUGUUUUUAGAAGUACAAAUGAGAAAUAACAUGAUUGGAACUCCUCAAAGUUAAAAACCAAAAGUUAAAAAAAUGCGUCUCGUUCAAAACUGUAGAAAAUUUUAUGAAAAACUUCGAAACCUUCAAAAAAAUUAUUAAUCUCUCCAAAGCAUUCUUAUGUAUAUCCUCUUUUUAUUUCAAUUCAAGAUCAUUUUUAAAAAACAUGAUUUUACCAAAUUUUUAAGGUAUUGUUUAAUUUUAACUUUUAAUCUAUACACUUCACUAUCUAUCUGUAUGAAAUUUAAAAAUUUGCAGGAGGUUCUUGCUUUAUGAAUAUUUUACUGUUUAAUAAGCUCAGUCAAAAUUAAUUAAGUUGAAUCUUAUAUCUUGCAUGCAUCUUAAGAAAUAAAUUAAAAACAGUCAGCUGAGUAGUUCUUAUUUGGUUUUAAUUUGAUUCAGAUAUUUUUCUUGCCACAAAUCGCGAAUUAAGUUCCAAAAAAUUGUAAACAAAAUGUUUGUUUACAUUUGAGAAUUAAAAUGAAAACUCCAACAAAUUGUGAUCUUUUAAGUUUAUAAUCAGAUUUUCAUAAUCAGCCAUUAAAAAGUUACAUGCAAAUCAAAUCUUCAUGUGCAAAAACACACAAAUUUCAACAUGGUUUACCCUAGCUAAUUUUCAUCUCGCUUAUCUUUACAUUUAUGUACUUUUCGUUCGUUAUCUCGGCAAGGUUAAAUAAUUAACGAUUUUUUGAUUCAAUACAGUGUAGCCUGUGGAAAUUUUUUUUUUCCUAAAAUUUGUAAAAUGCAAACAUAUAAUGAAUUUAGAUAAUUUUAGAAGUUUUUUUUAAAGUGUAUAUAUUAGUAUAUUUUGUUAUAAGAUUUGUAAUAACUUGCUAGGUUGUUGCUUGCUUGUUGAGGUUCUUCGAUCAAUAAUACAAUGGGUUUUUGUUAUUAUUUCUCUUCAUAAAACUCAAAAAGUAGAUUCCUUUCAAAAAGGAAAAGGGAUGGACGAUUUUAGUGAACUGCGUCAAUAUCUCGUUGUGCACGAGAUAUUUUCAGUUUAUCUUUUGGAGUGUUGUUUUCGCCUGAUUCAAGUGCAAACAUUUUCAUCUUUUCUUUAAAAGACAAUUUUUCGGGGACUGGUUGUUCCGUUUUGUUUUGUUGCUGCUCGGCUAAACGUCUUUGACGUGGAUCACU